CUAUUUCAUGUGUAACUACUAUUCAUUCGAAUUUUCCUCAUAAAAUAUUUAAUUUUACCUUUAAGUGCACUAUCCUUUGUACAUUAUUUUGAACGAAAUUAAAAAUUCUUAUUUGGAUAAAAACAAUUAGGAAAAAUAAGUUGCAUUUACAAUUGUUAUAGUUACAAGAAUUUCUUUCAAUUUUUUUUUGAAAUCAGUUUAUACAACUGCAAUGUUUGUUAUGUCUGAUGGUAUUUUAAUUUAAACACGUGUGACAGUGUCAAACGUCUUCCUGCAAGCAAAUUCAUAUCAUUAAAAAUCGCAUUUAAGAUUUCAAAUUUAUUUAUAUAUUUUUUUUUCAAUAAUGCAUGAAAAUACACCACCACGUGCUCCAGAAAUUGGUGAUGAUGAAGAAGAGUUAAAUGAUUUGGAUGAUGAAAUACCUUCUGGAGACGAGGAUGACCAAGAGAUGGAACUUACUUCGGAUGAAUACGUAGAGCGUAUUAGCUCUGGAAGUUAUGAUGACUAUGAUGAAAAUACAGGAGAACAAGAUAGUCCCCAAUCACCUGUGCCAGAUGAUUCUAUAUUAACUUUCCCGGCUCACUCAAUGCCAGUAUUUUCCUGUUCCCUGCAUCCUCACAAUGAGUUAUGUGCGACAGGUGGUGAGGACGACAAAGUUUUUGUAUGGAGUCGUAACACAGGGCAAAUAUUAUAUGAAUUCACCGAACACAAGGAUACGGUGAUUGACGUACACUUUAAUCGUGAUGGCACAUAUUUGGCUACCGCUGAUUUGGCUGGGGAUAUUGUGUUACAUAAAUUACAGAAAAUGUCUAGCGAACCUGACAAGGAUGGCGGGAAUUUGGUUUUUCAUAAAGUAUGGGAAUACUCGAUGGGUGACAUGCCUUGGAUGAGCUUUCAUCCUGCCACCAACGUGCUAAUAGCUGGUAGUGAAGACGGAGAAAUAUAUUUUUGGCGUUUCCCAGCAGGUGAUUGCAAAAUACUUCCUGGCCCAGGUGCACGAUGUGAUUCAGGUGAUAUAUCGGCUGAUGGUAAGAAAUUUGUUGCUUCUUACAACAAUGGUACAGUUAGACUAUGGGAUUUAAGAGAAUGUACCACUAUAAUGGAAAUUGACGAAAAUAAUUCGAUGGUGCAUUCAGGUGGUUGCACUAUGGUCGCUCAUGAUAAAGCGUCACCGUUUUUUAUGUCAGGCGAUCUAGCUGGUAAAAUUGUAUUCAGCACUCACAGUGGUCCCGUAGGUGCGAUUGAGACAGCCGAUGUAAUUGAAGGCAUGGCCUUUUCCCCUUCGGCAGAUAUCCGCAUGGCUGCUACUGGCACUUUAAGUGGACAAAUCUCCAUCUGGGAUACUUCUAAAUGUAGCUUACGUCUUAAUUGUGAACCUGUAGGAAAAAAUGAUGGUAUAACUGAAAUGCGAUGGAUCAGCGACUACACUUUAGUUGUAGCUACUGUAAAUGACUUGAGCCAGAAGAAGUUAAAUUUGAAAGUAAAACAUAUAAAAAAACACAAGAGCUGUCUGCCAUCGAAAUUGGUCACGAAAGAAAAAAUCGUUUGAAGCAAACGUUAGAUAAAAU